UCAAGAAAUCGCUCGUGAUAUGUCUGCACUCCAAGGUUGUGAAGUCGGGUUGUUAAUAGGUUAUAACUGUCCCAAAGCCUUAGUCCCUAGACAGGUUGUAACAGGCACCGAUGCUGAGCCUUAUGCUGUACGAACAGACUUGGGAUGGAGCGUCAUCGGUGCAGCAGACACUCAAGAAGGUGACGUCGACUCAAGCCGAUGUGGCAGAGUGGCUACACGGGAGCUGCCAGGGAUAACGCCCAAAGAUGUGCUCAAGGCCCUAGAGGCAGAUUUCUCGGAAAGGUCCAGUAAGGACAUAUCCUACUCCCAAGAGGAUAUAGAGUUUGUGAAGCUCUUGGAAACCACCAUUGCGAAGAAUGAAGACGGUCAUCUCAUAAUGCCACUGCCCUUCAAGAAAAGGCCUGACAUGCCAAAUAACAGACGUCUUGCAGAAGUUCGACUCAAACAUCUACAAAGGAAGAUGGAAAGGGACGAAAGGUACAAAGAGCAGUACCAGGCUUUCAUGACUGAAAUGAUCAAGAAUGGUUAUGCAGAGAGGGUACAGGAAGAAAGUCCCCCUGGGUCGACGAACUACAUCCCACAUCAUGGUGUUUACCAUCCUCAAAAGAAGAAAAUCAGAGUAGUUUUUGACUGCGCAGCAAGAUUCCGUGGUACAUGCUUGAAUGAUCACCUCCUGAAAGGCCCUGACCUCACCAAUGCCUUGGUGGGAGUACUGCUCAGAUUCAGGCAGCACGAUGUGGCCAUCAUGUGUGAUAUUGAGAAGAUGUUCUAUCAAUUCCAGGUGACGGAAGAACAUAGGGAUUACCUACGCUUCCUAUGGUGGGAGGGCAAAGACACAAAGGGCAAGCCAGUGGACUAUCGUAUGAAGGUACACCUUUUCGGUGCUGCAUCCUCACCAGGAUGUGCGAACUAUGGCCUAAAGCACCUUGCCAAAGAGUACAAAGAUGACUUCCCCAUGGCUUCACGUUUCCUAGCGAGAAAUUUCUAUGUGGACGAUGGUAUUACAAGUCUACCAAGUUCAGAAGAGGCCAUUCACUUGGCAAGAGAAGCCAUGGAACUUUGCCAGAGAGGGGGUAUACGCCUCCACAAGUUUGUGUCUAACACAAAAUCUGUCCUAGAGAGCAUCCCAGAGUCAGAGCGCUCUGUUGAUGUCACUAGUUUGGACCUCAACUUAGAAGAGUCAAUGGAGAGAGCUUUGGGAAUCUCGUGGAACCUAGCAGCUGACUAUCUUUGUUUCAAGAUUGCCCUGAAGGAGCAGCCGUGGUCCAGAAGAGGUAUUCUCUCAACUGUGGCCUCAUUGUAUGACCCGCUGGGUUUUGUGGCCCCCGUGGUGCUACAGGGGAAGAAAAUCCUUCAGGAAAUGUGUCAAAAGGGACUCGGAUGGGAUGAUCCAGUCCCGGAAGCCUUGCGGCCAUCAUGGGAUCAGUGGCUCAAGGAACUGCCGCAGUUAGAGUCCCUUAGGAUUCCUCGAUGUCUUCAUCCUCCUGGCUUCAGUAAUCCAGUUGUGGUGCAACUGCAUCACUUCUCAGAUGCCAGCACCAUGGGAUAUGGUCAGUGCUCAUAUGUACGGUUCGUGAACGAGAAGGAGGAAGUUCAUUGCUCUCUGAUUUUUGCCAAAGCGAGAGUCGCUCCAUCCAAGGUAGUAACCAUACCACGACUAGAGUUAACAGCUGCGGUGGUCUCAGCAAAGGUCAGCUCUAUGUUGAAAGACGAGCUGGAGCUUCAACUGGUUGAGGAGUUCUUUUGGACUGACUCCAAGGUAGUCAUAGGCUACAUCAACAAUGAGGCCCGAAGGUUUCAUACAUUUGUGGCAAAUAGAGUUCAGCUAAUCAGGGAUAGAAGUCUCCAAGAUCAAUGGCACUAUGUACCCACCGAAGAAAAUCCGGCUGACCAUGCAUCCAGAGGACUCAGCCCGACAGAGCUACUGAAGACCAAGCAAUGGAUGAAUGGGCCAGACUUCCUUUGGGAACGUAACUUUGAGUUCAGAGAUACCUCCGCACAACUGAAUGUUGGUGACCCUGAGGUGAAGAUAGCUAUCUUCGCAACUAACCUCAAUCUUGACAAGCCAGACCUGCUACAACGUCUAGCCAGACUCUCUAGCUGGUCUUUGAUGAUUAGAGUCUUGUGUCGACUCAGAAUGGCCUCAAGGAAAGGUGAUGAACGAGCCUCACUUGCUCAAGAGAGAGAGAAGGCUAAGGUAUUCAUCCUUCAGCUAGUUCAAAGAGAGACUUUUUCUCAAGAGAUGAAGUGCUUGACUCAGAAGAAAACUGUGAAGGACGCAAGCAGCAUCCAUGAUCUGGAUCCAUACUUAGACGAGGAUGGAACCCUACGAGUUGGAGGUAGGCUAAAGGACCUGCCCCAUCCUGUCAUCCUUCCAAAGAACAGCCAGAUCACCAGAGCAAUCGUACAGCACUUCCAUCAGAAAGUCUGUCAUCAAGGUAGAGGCAUCACUCAGAACGAGAUACGAGCCAAUGGAUACUGGAUCGUGAAGGGAUCUAGAUUGGUAGCGCAGUUGAUUAAGAACUGCGUAACUUGCAGACGCCUACGCAGACCCCAGGAAGAGCAAAAGAUGGCCAACCUUCCAGAUGAUAGGGUAGAGCCCUCUUACCCUUUUACGUUCGUGGGCAUGGACUGUUUUGGUCCAUUUGUUGUUAAAAGAGGUCGCUCGGAUGUGAAGCGAUAUGGGUUGCUCUUCACUUGUCUGUGUUCUAGAGGCGUUCACAUUGAAAUGGUUGAUGACAUGUCUACAGAUUCAUUCAUUAAUGCUCUGCGUUGUUUCAUUGCAAUCAGAGGAGCAGUCCGACGAAUCAGGUGCGACCAAGGUAGCAAUUUCGUGGGAGCUAGGAAUGAAUUUCAGGUAGCCAUGAAGGAAAUGGAUGCUGUCAAGGUUGAAGCCUAUCUUGCAGACAAGCAGUGUGAAUUUGUUUUCAAUGCUCCUCAUUCAAGUCAUGCCGGAGGGGUUUGGGAACGGCAGAUCCGUUCUAUAAGGAAUGUCCUGAGGGCUACUAUUGACUUAUGCCCUGGAAGACUCACUGAUGCGUCUCUGCGUACCUUCUUCUAUGAAGCAAUGGCUAUUGUGAAUAGUCGGCCUUUGACGAUGACCAAUCUGAACGACCCCAGUACUGCUGCACCUUUGACACCGAAUCAUCUUCUCACUAUGAAGAAGUUGGUGCCGUUGCCACCUCCUGGUGAGUUUCCUAAGACAGGUAUGUACCUGAGGAAAGCUUGGAGAAGAGUCCAAUUCUUGACACAACAGUUCUGGUCCCGAUGGCGCAAGGAGUACCUUCUUUCCUUGCAAGGGCGUAACAAGUGGACUAAAACACGAAGGAACUUGAGGAUUGGAGAUGUUGUCUUGCUGAUGGACAACGAAGUGCCACGUGUGAAGUGGCCCCUUGCUGUAGUUACAGCAGUGACCCCCGGCGAUGACGGUUUGGUCAGAAAGGUCCAGGUACGAGUAGGAACAAGGAACCUGGAAAAAGGGGCUAAGAGGUCAGAGUUAUGGAGACCAGUGCAGAAAGUGGUCCUCCUCGUGGAACAUCCUAGAACUUCUGACUCAGAUUCUGAAUGAGUGUUUUAGUCACCCUACUUCAGAGUUGUUGGUGAAUUGUGCACUCCCUGUGAUCGCUCAUCUCGCCUCGCCCUGUGCUUUGAUUUUGCUCAUGGCUUCAGUCAUGGAGGUUUCGGACAGCAGUUGUCUGUCGUUGCCGGGAUGCAUUGCUCUGUCUGCCCCAUUCUUGCGCGCCUUAUGUGCUUUGCGGUGCAUGACAGUGACUCCUUUGUUCAGUUAUGUUGCUCAGUUGUGCAAGUGUAGUUAAGUCUAGUAUUCAUUAUACUGUAGUUGUUACUUUGCUACAUACAGUUGCAACAUCGUUUUUUUUGUAAUACAUGUAAUUACUAGAUUCAUGUGUAAUGGAGUACCGGUAGUUGAAAAUUACCAACACAGGUUGUCAUUGUAUGGCAGGUUGAAUUAUUUGUAAGUAAUUUGGUGGGAGUGUAACAGUCGGCACUCCAUAGUUUGGGGGCGCUAGCACUUCAUAAAACCAAAACAAACUGUGCACAUAAAUGUUCGAUGAUUCACGAACAAUGCUCGACAAGGAAGCCAUCAAACCUUGAGCUUUUCAUCAGUUUAACGAUAUGGGAACAGUAUAAGGCUGUAACUGUAACAAGAUGUGCAUCAAGUUGAAAGUAAAUCGGUCUGUCUUUGAUGUCAGC